ACGGUCAUACUAGCCAUAAAAUAAUUGUAAACAAACAAAAACUCGACUUAAAAAUGUCCAGCCGGAGGAAGUGGCAGCCUUCGGAGGAGGACUGCUUCAUCGAGAUCUGGAAGAACAACCUGUACCUGUUCGAUAGUCGAAAGAAACUGGUCGAAAUUUAUGCUGAACUGCAGAAAUAUUUCCGAGAAGUAGGCAUCGAUAUAACGGGACAAGUAAUCAAAAGCAAAAUGGAAUCUUUGAAACGAAAGUAUUUCAAUUUGUUGCACGCUAACCGAGACGACCAAUCGAGUUCCUGGGAGCACUUCGACACAAUGGCUGCCAUUAUAUCCGCCACCUCUAAAGGCAUGUCCAAGGAUCCGGACUGGGACGACGUAAAUAGUCACCACCGACAGCACAAAUCAAUUUAUAUGAACGAUGACGCUGAAGGGCAUAUUGAAUCCGACGGACCCUUUAACUCUGUCUAUGUGGAGGAGUGUACCAAGUAUAUCUUCAAGAACGAGGAUGGCAAACGCUCAAAAAAGAACACUGCUGAAAAGAAGAGACAGAGAGUUAAAAAGACACCUGCAAAACAAAGACGAUUCUGGUACGCCGCUGAGGAAAUCACAUUUGUUAACGUGUGGGAGCAGUUCAACUCUGAGUUACUAAGUGAGCGCAAAAAGAUGGAUGUCUACAAGGACAUGGAACAAGAGCUGUCCGGCCUUGGGCUCCAUGUGACCCCAAAUGAUAUCAAGUCCAAGAUGGAAUCGCUGACCCGCACAUAUAGAGCUCAGCGGAAAUCUGCUGGUGAUAAGUCACAGUGGAUUCACUACGCCAAACUGGCUAUAUUACUGAGUCCCCUGGAGCCUAUCACGUUUGAACCCUUUCCCGACACCAGCAGCAGCUCCGAAGACGAUUUGCCCUGGCUCAGCGAGAUGGAGCCAAAAGUUGAGUUAAUCGACAAUCCCACAAACUCCAGCGACUCAGCUGUCCAUCAGUUUGAGGAUUACAAUCAGCCGUACCCUUCCAGCCCUUCCAUUGACAUUGAUUUUAGUCCGAGCUUAAAAGUCGAAAGAACUGAGAAUCUCGGACAAAUAGAAAGACCUGCAAGUGAGAGACAGGCGGCGACUGAAGAGUUUGGUCAAUUCGUGACCAAAGAGCUGGCCGUCCUGAAUGAUGAUUUUCUUAUAGAAGCAAAGCGUAGAAUAUACAAUAUCAUAUGCACCAUGCAAAUGAAACAAAAUGAUCUUAAUAAACUUACGUAAUUAAUUAAAA